AUGGAUGGAGACGCUCCAAUGCUACGUGGAUGCGGACCCGACGGAGCCGGGUCGGCACGGGGGAGAGAUGUGCAUGCGGGCCCGUUUGAAGGACCACCACUGGCCUCCGCUUCCGGCUGGGAAUAUCAGGCGUCUCUCUUCCAUGUCUCAUCCCCUCUCUUUACUCUCUUUCCGCCCCCACCUCCCGCGUCCAUGGCAAAAUGGCGGCCUCGCUUCAGUUCAGUCUCGACCGCAGAUCCCGUGCAGUUCGAAGGCUCUGCAACGAAACACACGACCACAACUGCCCGAUUUCCUGUGCCAGCCUCGAGAUGCGAUCGCCUUUGCUCGUAUAUCUUUACUGCUUGUUUCCGCAAGUUUUUAUCCGUGCCCACAUACAUGCAGUCUCCAUUCUCGCCGGAUCCACUUGCCAGCGUCCACUCCUUACCCCCCCCUUGGCCCUCGACUUUCUCAAAGUCUCCGUCCCCCUUUUCGCUCCAUGUCUCUUAUUUUCCUGAAUUCCCUCGUGCUAAUCUUCGUCCCAUAGUCACUGAAAUUGACGUUGAGCUAAGCGACCAGCGCUCCGCCCCCAUCCCCGAUGGCCCACCUAUAGAAUACCGCAUGUACAAGCGCCGUUGGAUUGGCGUUGUGGCGAUUUUCAUUUUGAAUCUCGUCUCUGGCCUAUCGCUCGUGUGGUUUGGGCCCAUUGCUAACGACGGUGCGUCUCAUCUUAUGUCUACCAUUUUCGCAUCCCCCAACCCGAAGUCAUUGGCCGCCUUCACACGCUUGUAUCGCCGUCGCGCGCUUCCCAUGGAUUUUUCCACUGUCCCUUCCCUUCCUUGGCAUCUACAGGUCACCGACUUCGGCUUCGCCCUUAUCAUCACUUGUACUGCCUACGUGAUGUCGUAUGCUUCCUGCUAUAUCGGCGGAGUGCUACUGCUUGCGAGUGCUUGGGUGCGCUAUGCAGGGACAGCAUCGGGGUUACCGAUGGGCGGGGCGUAUGCGCUCCUGCUGAUAGGGCAGCUUCUCGCGGGUAUCACGCAGCCUAUCUUCCAGGUGCUCAUUCCGGGUUACUCGGAAAAGUGGUUCGACCUGAAGAGCCGGACAACGGCGACAAUGCUGAUGUCGAUUGCCAAUCCGAUUGGCAACGGUCUUGGCCAGCUCAUUUCGCCGCUGGUAGGUUCGCCUAGUCAGUCGGUCCUUGUCAUGGGCAUCAUUUAUACCGCAGCGGCACCAUUCGUGUUUAUCGUAACCGAUUCGCCGCCAACGCCGCCCACCCACUCUGCGUCGCAGAAGAGCCCGUCAUUUAUGUCGCUCAUACGCGCUGUGAUGGGACGAGAACCCGAUGAUCUGCCAACAUAUAUGACGAAGAGGCAGAGAUUCGAUUUUGUUGCUAUAUCGUUCGCCUUUGGCGUUCUCGUUGGGGUGAUCAAUGCGUUCUCGAUCCUCAGCGCUCAGAUUAUGGAACCGUAUGGCUACUCAGAUACCAUUUCUGGCUUGAUGGGCGCAGCGCUGCUUCUCGUGGGGAUUGUCGCUGCUUUGAUCACGGCGCCGCUCUUCGACCGUGUCUUCACGCAUCACCUUGCGCCGACGUGCAAGCUGUUGUGCCCCAUCUUGGGUGGCGCAUGGCUGAGUCUGAUCUGGGCUGUGCGACGCAAUAAUACGGGCGCGCUGUUCGCACUCAUGGCUGUCAUCGGUGCGACGAGUCUGACGUUGCUCCCAGUCGCGUUGGAAUUGGCGGUGGAACUUACCCGAAAUGCGGAUGGGAGCUCGGCGAUGUUGUGGGCCACGUCAAACCUGCUUGGCAUCGUCUUUGUUUUAUCCGAGGGCUCCUUGCGUGCCGGCGCCGACGCGAAUCCGUCAUAUAACAUGUACAAGGCGCUCAUCUUCCAGGGCGUCUUCGUGUGCACCGUGACCGCGUUUAUGGUAUUCGUCGAAGGCAAGCAGACGCGUCGCGCGCUCGACGAGCAGGCGCAGCGCGAGGCCCAGAUUGCUGAAACGCCGCGCACUCCAGCACGGGGACGGUUCAGUUCGGCAGUCGACCGAGACCACGGCUCGUCGCGGGGUAAGAGUCGAAGCCCUAGUCGAAGUCGGAGCGGGAGCGCAGAGGACUUCGGCGAGGACAAGGUGACCCUCGAGGUGUCCAGAACCCCGUCACGGACUAAAUUGGAGACCUCUUCUGAUGAUGACAAGGCCGUAUCAUGA